AUGUUCCUCCUAUCAGUAGUGCGUUCGGUUUAUAUCAUUUCAGAAAUAGUUAACCUGUGCAGGUGUUUUUUAUUUUUCCAGAGAAGGGAAUUAAGGGAGAUAUUGAGACAAGGUACAAAUACUAGUGAAAGGAAAAAGGAAAUGUUAAGCUUGUUUCUUAAGGAAAGCAUAAAAUUGCGUGAUAGUAUAAGGUGUGUAAAUAACUUGUCAAGGUAUAAAUAUGGGAAGAGUAUAAGUAGCACUGCAUCGAAUAAUGUAAGAACAAGAAUUAUGAGUAGUAGUGUAUUUAAUUCAUUCGGAAGCAGCAGAGAAAGCAAAGAAAUAGAACAUAUUGUAGAUGGUAUAUCAUUCACAAUUCACAAUAAUACAAAUAUAUACAAGGAUGAGACAAGUAAUAUACCCAUUGUACUAAUUCAUGGGUGUUAUGGAAGUAAAAAGAAUUUUCGCUUUUUUAAUAAAUAUUUAAAAAGUAAUAAAAUCAUAACAAUUGAUUUAAGAAAUCAUGGGAAUUCAAUACAUACUGAUACUAUGAAAUAUGAAGAAAUGGAAAAUGAUAUAAAAAACGUUUUAGAAAAACUUCAAAUUAAAAAAUGUUGUUUAGUUGGUUUUAGUUUAGGAGGAAAAGUGUCCAUGUACUGUGCUUUAAAAAAUUCAUCUCUUUUUUCUCAUUUAAUCGUUAUGGAUAUUUUACCAUUUGAUUACAACACUAAGAGCACUCAUGUUAAACUUCCCUACAAUAUUAGUUACAUGACUGAAAUUCUUUUUAAUAUUAAAACAAAGAUGAAACCAAGAACUAAGGCACAAUUUUUGGAUCAACUGAGGGAGAAAAUUCCAAACAUUUCUAACUCUUUCGCACAAUUUAUUUGUAUGUCUCUUGUGGAGGUCACGGAAGAAGUUAGAAAGGAAACAAAUUUUCUUGAAGAUCCAAACAUGGAACCUUUAAAGAAGAAUUCCUCUAAUGAUAAUCAACCAAUCGAAAAUAAGAAGCUUUUAUGGAAAAUUAAUGUGGACACCAUAUAUAAAGAAUUACCUCAUAUUCUUAGUUUUCCUCUGAACUGUGAUAAAUAUAAGUACACUAACCCCUGCAAUUUUAUUAUUGGACAAAAAUCUGAUCUAGUUUAUACCAUACCGGACUAUGAAUCCAUUAUAAAAAAUUUUUUCCCUACUUGCCACAAUUUUGUUUUGCCAAACGCAUCACACACUGUUUACAUUGAUAAUGUGAAGGAGUGUGCUGGCAUUGUUAAUAAUAUGUUGCGUUUGUGA